GGCGGCUUCAACCUAACUGGGGCGUGGCCUGGGGGCGUGGCCUCGGCGGGGCGGGCGCCUCGGAGCUGCUAAGUUUGGCUGUGGCGGCAAAUGGGUUUGGGCGGCUCCUCGGCGGGUGGCUGCGGUGGCCUCAGCGGUUCCUCCCGGCCCUGUUAAUGUCAGGGCCGAGCCGGGGGAGGAUGGCGCCCUAGAGCCCGGCCUUGCUGGGGUAGGGGCGGGAGGGGGCCGGGGCGGGGAACGGCCAUGUCGGAGGUGACCCGGAGUCUGCUGCAGCGCUGGGGCGCCAGUCUGAGGAGAGGCGCCGACUUCGACUCCUGGGGCCAGCUGGUGGAGGCGAUAGACGAGUAUCAGAUAUUAGCACGACACCUACAGAAGGAGGCCCAAGCUCAACACAAUAAUUCUGAAUUCACAGAAGAGCAAAAGAAAACCAUAGGCAAAAUUGCAGCAUGUUUAGAAUUGCGAAGUGCAGCACUACAGUCCACACAGUCCCAAGAAGAAUUUAAACUGGAGGACCUGAAGAAGCUAGAACCAAUCCUGAAGAAUAUUCUUACAUAUAAUAAAGAAUUCCCAUUUGAUGUUCAGCCUAUCCCAUUAAGACGAAUUUUAGCACCUGGUGAAGAAGAGAAUUUGGAGUUUGAAGAAGAUGAAGAAGGUGGUGCAGGGGCAGGACCUCCUGAUUCUUUCUCUGCUCGAGUUCCUGGUUCCUCACACCUGGCCCCUAUCAAGCAGAAGUUCUUUUUAGAAGGUACUUUAUUGCCACGGUUGCCGUCAGAACCAGGGAUGACGUUACUCACUAUCAGGAUUGAGAAAAUUGGUCUGAAAGAUGCGGGCCAGUGCAUCGAUCCCUACAUUACAGUCAGCGUGAAAGAUUUGAAUGGCAUAGAUUUAACUCCUGUGCAAGAUACUCCUGUGGCUUCAAGAAAAGAAGAUACAUAUGUUCAUUUUAAUGUGGACGUUGAACUCCAGAAACAUGUUGAAAAGUUAACCAAAGGUGCGGCCAUCUUCUUUGAAUUCAAACAUUACAAGCCUAAAAAGAGGUUUACCAGCACCAAGUGUUUUGCCUUCAUGGAGAUGGAUGAAAUUAAACCUGGGCCAAUCAUAAUAGAACUAUACAAGAAACCCACUGACUUUAAAAGAAAGAAAUUGCAAUUAUUGACCAAGAAACCACUUUAUCUUCAUCUACAUCAAACUUUACACAAGGAAUGAUCCUGAUGCAAAUAACCGAGAACUUGCGUGAAUUUUACCACUCAGAAACCAUCAUAGCUCUGUGUAGCGUAUCAUCCUUCAACAAGCAGGAUAUUAAUCCUACCCGGGCCAACAAGUCUUUUGCAAAGGUGGACCCCAGAAUUCAGCUCGUCACUGACCUAUCACUCCUUUGGAUACAGAUCUUGAAACAUUUUUACUUUUCUAUUAAUUUUACAAUUAAUAGUCUAUUUUCUCAUUACCACUACUACCCUGUUUCCAGAUAGUACUGUUGUGGUAGAUGUGCUGAACCUCAGACAAUGCAGCAAUAACAAUGUGCUAGAGUUUACAUCUCUGCUCACUUCUGCUCCAGUAUGCUCUUCUGGUUUGAAUGUCACGCUCUGGGUUAAGGUGGGUAGAAUUUCUCUGAGUUACAUUGCUGUCAAAGUCUCCUAACGUAGAAGUGGCCUAGCCUGACACCAUGGGUCUCCUGCAUAGAAAGUGUGCCCUGGCCAGAGGAGAAUCCCACAUGGAGAGUCCCCAGAUGACCAAAUUGAUUUCCUCCAGUGAGCACAUGUAUAAUCAGGUGGGUUAUCUAUCUGUUCUUCUCUGUCAUACCGCUAAUUCUUUCUGGUAAAUUCUAGGGUUAAUGCUGGAACCAUCUCAGAAUGACCACAGAUUUUUAAAUGUGUUUACAAUAUCUUUUAAAUUGUAUCAUUUAGGAAACAGUUGAGUCAUGUUAAGAUGCUGUGGGGUAACUGCUGCUUUCCUGACAACCCGAUUCGAGACCUUAAGAUGGCAUACCUCUCCUUAGAAUGCAAAAUCUGGAAAGAUAGUCUAUUUUUUUUAAUAUAAGUAGAUAGGAUUGCCAUUUAUUUCCUACUUAGAUAUACAGCCAUUCAUCCAUAUGAAAAUAUGCAGGUCAUUAUUUUGAAUUGACUAUUUACUUUUGAUGUAACAAGGCAUAAAUAAAACUUUCGAAGCACACGAUGGAUAGUUGUUACACAGAACGUUAAGAUUUGUGAGGGGCUGUCUGUGGGCUAGAUAUAGAACCCACAUAUUUUAAUAUCCACUUUUCACUGAACAGUAUAUGAGGGGACUGCACUGUCAGUAGUGGGCCUGUUUUAAGUAGUAUAACCUCAUCACACCAUUCAAUAUAUUUACUUCAAGUAAAUAACCACAAUGAUGAUGUUUUAACGUUGCCCUUCAAGAGUUCUAGUCUUGACUUUCAGCACAUGCUAAGUCACUGUUUGCUAGAUAUAUGUUAAUAAAAACUGUAUUUCAGGUUCAACCUGAAAAAAAAAUCCACAACCAAAUUAAUCUUGAUUAGGUUAAUUCCAAAUGCUAAAAUAAGUCCAUCUAUAGUAGCUCUCGGGGAUGAAAAAAAUUGCCUUAAAUUAGCUCAUUGUCCAAUUCAAGCUUUGCGUGUGGAUCCCCAGACUGUAAGCUCAAGGGCAAGAGCCUCAUCUCUGUCAUGUAGGGUUCAAAGGUGCUUGGCUUUCUCUGUACAUGGGAGUACUCAGUACCUUUUGUUUGAUGUUGCUGACUAGACCUAAAAAAUAAUUCCUUAAUACCUACUAUUAUUAAAAUGUAGCAAAGA